AUGAACUUUGAUGUUUCGUAAGUUUUGUAGCAAUGCAUAAUCGAAUGAGAAUGCAUAAUUAAGUGAAUAUCUUGUAUUCAUAUCACGUUAAUGUUUACAUGAAUUCACGUGGUAAUGUGUCAAGUUUGUAGUGAAUUUGCUGGCUCCUUCUAGCUUAGCGAAUCGACGUCGCAUCUACGAAUCCCGUACAUUCGAGUCUUUCUAGAUUCGAAUAUUCAAUGAGAUCUUAAUACGGUCCUCAUAUUCAUGACUACAACUACGAGAAUGCGCUAGCGGAUAAAUUAGCGACUAUUCUCCGCGUCGCUUUCUCAUAUAAAGUUUACAUUCAUCACAACUAUCCAACAAUACUACUAAGAUUUAUCACGACAAAAUCUUAUUCUUUAUUACCCAACACGAUUUCAGCAGAAAGAUUCUCGUACAAUCUACAUAUAAGAUAAUUUUACCGUAUCAAAAUGACCAGUGAUACGUUGAUCAUAGACGCAGAUGGAGACCUAGUUCUCUCAUUCGAUCCAGAAGAAUGUUCAUCGACUCUGACAGAUGAUAUCUGGAUUGACGCCGAUUCAUCAGAAGAUGAUUCUCAGAUUAUAGAUGCCGAGCCAUCAAAUACAGUGUCCAGGAUUUUGAUUAAGGCAACCGAUGUCUCGCCGACCGACAUAUCAAUUGAAGAACCAUCCGAAUCCAACGAUAAUUCGUGGGUCGAGCUGAAGCAAGUCCGCAUGCUAGUCUCAUCCAAACAUAUGUCCGUUGCUUCGCCAGUAUUCAAAGCUAUGUUCCAGGCAAGCUCUCAAGAGGGUAUCGAGCUGAAGAUAACCGGCAAGGUGGAAUUGUCGCUUCGUGAUGAGGAUUCAAAGGCAUGGAAUAUUUUACUCAACAUCAUACAUGGACGUUUCAGAUCUGUUCCUUUGGAUAUCAAUUUGCCCAUGUUCACCCAGAUUGCACUCUUAUGCGACAAGUACCAAAUGCAUGAGGUUGCUUAUGCGUUCACACCGACCUGGAGAAUGUCAGCUGGCCACGACUCUGUGUCGGGAGAAGACAUACCUCGCUGGAUCUUCAUAGCCUGGACUUUCAAUAUGACAGAUGUACUUGAAGAGAUCACGAAAGGCCUUGCUCUCAAUUAUACUGGAAAUGGAAUCGAAAAAAUUGUUCAGCAUGACUACUCUACCGAUUCCUCAAAUUGUUAUGGCGCUGACACGACUUUUAUAGAUGAGCUUGAAAAUUCUCGCCAGCAUGCAAUUGCUGAAUUGGUUGAUAUGUUUGAUUACACCAUACAGCGAUAUCAAGAAGAUAGUUCGAAAUGUUCAAUUCGCACCAGAUGUGGUGAAGAUAGAGUGUCUUACCGUAAGCAAUGUGAUUCAAUGAUACUAGGCAUGUUAUUGAAAGGUGCCAUUGAGCAACAGAUCUACCCACUUCCGAAAAAACCAUACAAAGAGUGGUCUUUUUCUAUCUUGGAAAAGAAGAUCAAGUGUAUCAAACCAACUUCAUUGUGCGCUGCUGUGUCAUUGAUACCAGACGUCCAUUGCGAUCAAGACCAUGGAAUCUCUAAGAUUAUGACAUCAUGGAUUAAACAUACUGCACACGAAGUCACUGGGCUUCAAUUGGCAUCUUUGAAGAGGGAUGCAUCACCGGAGAUUCAGUGGCCAAUUCGAUGA